UGUCUGAUUGGUCGAGCAACGAGAUAAAGCAGACUUUAAUUUCACUUUAGAAACAACAUCACUGCGACGUACUUGAUGAAAAAGGUGAAAGUUUGAGGUUGCAAUGUCCAAGUACGAGAAAAAGCCAGAGCCCGGAGACCUGAUUGAAAUCUCCCGAGGCUUAUACAAUCACUGGGCUAUUUAUGUUGGUGAAGGUUAUGUGAUUCACCUGGCACCACCCUCUGAACAUGCUCAUGCUGGGGCCAGCAGUAUCAUGUCAGUUCUACACGAAAAAGCCACAGUGAAAAAAGAUCAACUUUAUGAAGUAGUUGGGAAUGAUGAAUACUGUAUCAACAACCUUUUGGAUGAUAAUUAUAAGCCUCGUCCUGUUCGAGAGAUUCUACGGGAUGCACACAGUUUUUUGGGAAAAGAACGUCCAUAUAGUGUGUUUUCACAGAACUGUGAGCACUUUGUUACAGAGCUGAGAUACGGAAAACCACAUUCCCGCCAGGUGCAAGAUGCAGUGAGGACUGUUGCUGCAGGGGCUGGAGCAACGCUUGGCGUUGGGAUAAUUGCUUAUGCUGUUGCAACCUUUCUUGGUUCAAGAGACAAACAGAAGGAGACACAAUGAACAGUUAUAAAUUAAG